AUGAAAUUCAUUGGACUAAUAUCCGGUGGUAAAGAUUCAUUUUUCAACAUAUACCACUGUAUUUCACAAGGUCAUGAGUUGGUAGCAUUAGGAAACUUGUAUCCUGAGAUAUCUGACGAGAUAGAUUCGUUUAUGUUCCAAACUGUGGGACACGAUGUGAUUGAAUAUUAUAGUCAAUGUCUUGAUGUGCCACUUUAUAGACAGCCAAUACUUGGUAAAUCAACGAAUCAAAACUUGGAAUACCUGGUUACAGAAAAUGAUGAAAUUGAAGAUUUAUAUAAACUACUAUCUAAAAUAGUAGAUGCCCAUCCUGAAAUAGAGGGAGUUAGUUGUGGAGCAAUUUUAUCUCAUUAUCAAAGAACACGAGUCGAAAAUGUUUGCGACAGGUUGGGUUUGACUUCAUUGACUUAUUUAUGGCAAAGGAACCAAUACGACUUAAUGAAAGAAAUGUGUGAAAGUGGAUUAGAUGCAAGGAUUAUAAAAGUUGCAGCAAUUGGACUUACAAAGAAUCAUUUAGGUAAAAGUAUAUCUGAACUAUUCCCAGCCUUGGUUAAAUUAAAUCUAAUGUACGAAGCCCAUAUUUGUGGUGAAGGUGGAGAAUUUGAAACAAUUGUAUUGGAUUGUCCGUUUUUCAAAAAGAAGAAACUUGUUAUCACCCAACAAGAUAUUGUUGAGCACAGUAGUGAUGUGUUUUAUUUGAGGAUAAAAGUUGAAUUGGCAGACAAAAAUGUCACAUCGGAUUACAAGCCACUUGAAAGUUUGCCUUUAUUAGAAGAUGAGUUUCAAGAUAUUGCAGAUUCUUGUCCAAAGGCUGAUAUCAGUUUGUCGGGAUUACUGAUUGAUAGUCAAAGAAUUGUUCCAAAAAUUGAUGUUACACCUACAGAGACUACACUCUAUAUAUCCAACUUGACAUCAAUGAAAUCGACUAUUGAAGAUCAAACAAAAGAUAUUUUUCAACAAUUAGAUAAACUUCUUGGUGAUCACAAAUUAACUGUUAAUGACAUACAGCAUAUAACAUUAUUAUUAUCGGACAUGUCCAACUUUGCAAAGGUUAAUAAAUUUUAUGGGACUUUUUUCAAAGAUAUAUACUUGCCACCAUCCAGAAUUUGUAUUGAGACAGAGGUUGAGUCGAUUCAGUUAUCCUGUAUUGUUCUCAAACACAUUCAACCGAAAACCGGUAUUCAUAUUCGCUCAAGAUCUUAUUGGGGUCCACAAAACAUUGGUCCAUACUCGCAAAGCAUUGUCAAUACACAGUCAUCUUAUAAGACUGCAACAUUAUCCGGGCAAAUACCUUUAAUUCCAGCAACAAUGGAUAUCUCAAAUAAGUCGAUUGCAUUUGAUUCAGCAUUAUCCUUACAACAUUUGGUUAGAGUAAAGAAUUUGGUUAAUGUCAAACAGCUUGCUCUGGUUGUAUGUUUUAUUACCGACGAAUCAUAUGUCCCAAUUGUCAGGUCGUGUUGGACUGAUUUGGAAAAUAAAGGCAAUUUAGUGAUUGUUACGGUUCGGGGUUUACCUCGUGGGGCUAAAGUAGAAUGGGGAGGUUUAAGUUUUGAAGAUAUUACUGGCAUAUAUGAUGACUUUGCUAGUGAUUCAGAAGAUGAAUCGGAUGAUGAUUCGGUUUCUCAGUUUGACAAUUUCGAUGAAUCUUGCAUUUGUCAAGUUGGAAAGAAAGGUGAAUUUUCAGUGGUUACAUUAUUCACAUCAGAUUCGGACGUGAUUAAAAGUCUGUUUACAUUCAAAGGUUAUCGACAACUCCUAUGUCAUCCAAAGGAUUAUAUUGAAAUCAAGGGUGAUUAUUUACCAGUAAACACCGUGUAUGACCACAAAGGUAAGAAUCAUAAAUAUGCAGUUAUUUUGAAAAUAGAGGUACAUAGAAAAAAUUAA